UGUUGAUCGCGAUGAAAGUGUCCCAAUAAGUCCUGACAAUGUAACAGUGAGCCAGUAUGAAAAUUGUAAUCAUCCACAUGUGUUCUUCAUGUUCUGAAAUGUCAGUCAUUAUAAAGGUUUAUGUAGUGGAGAGAGAAGAUCAUUUAUUUACGACACUAAAGAAGAACAAACAGGAUAUCGUCAAGUCAAAUACAAAGUCCGGAAAAUACUUUCCACCACUUGUGAAUGUGAAUGUUUGUAAUUUCACAAUUGGUGCAGUUAGACAGGCUGCGACUGGAAUGGUAGGUCAGACGAGUGGGUGUGCCCAAUGCAGACAGGUAAGCCGUGUCCAAACCUGCUUACCCUGUCUGCUGUUGCAGCAUCAAACCAGCAGCACAUACCUACACUAGAACAUUCUCCGUCUGGCUCCUCUUCUCGCUGCACCUCUCUCUGACUGUGUCUCUUUACAAACGCGUUGUGUUGACAUUUAGGUGUUACUGUUCAAAUAGCAGAUAUGCCUGUCAAAGUGUUUGUUACCAGCGUGAGCAGCAACUUGGAGAUAAAGAAACAUCAGCAGAAAAUCGAAAUGAUCCUCGACUCCCUGAAGAUCCCUUAUGACAGUGUUGACAUUGCUCAGAAUGGGGAUGAUAAGGAUGAAAUGAGGAGGAUUGCAGGGAACCCGACUGCACUGCCACCCCAAAUAUGCAACGGUGAUAUCUACUGUGGAGACUACAAAGCUUUUGAAGAAGCAGUGGAGAUGGAAGAACUGCAUAAAUUUCUUAAACUGUGACGGCUAUUGGAUCAACCACAUCACCUUGCACACUUAAAUAUCUAUCAAUCAAUUUGAAGAAAAGAAAAACGUGACCCGUAAAGUCAUAUAUUCACAUUUAUAUGAGGACAGAUGUUGUUUUUGGAAUAUGUAAAUGAAAAAUGCAUUUUUAAUUUGGGGGAUUAAAUUAAAUCUCAGAAUCUG